AUGUCAAAUGAAUUAUUUGUUGAUGGUAUCUGUGAAAUAGAUGAUAAAGCAAUUCAAUCUUAUUUUUUACGAUUUGGUUCUCGUAUAAUAAACUAUGAAUCUCAUCGUCAUCGUCCAACAAAUUCAUGUUGUUUUGCUUUAAUAACAUUUGUAUCACAACAUACUGUAAAUGCUAUUCUUCGUCAACGACCACAUUCAAUUAAUAGUUAUCCUUUAUUUGUUAAACGAUUACUUCCACCAGCUGUAUGUUCAUUUAUUGAACGUCUAUUACCGGUAUCAAGUAUAUUUGUCUAUAAUAAAAUAACUAAAGAAUUUGAUGAACAAAAAUUAAAAAAUUAUUUUAAAAAUUUUGGUUAUAUUUUAAAAUUUGAACAUGAUCAUGUUCAUAAUCGUUUACUUAUUGAAUAUGAUGAUUAUGAUUCUGUUGAUAAAAUAUUUUUAAAUAAAGAACAUUUACCAAAAAAUAUUAAUAUACAUAAAAAUAUUUUACCAUACGCACAAAAUUCAAUUGAAUAUCAUGGUAUAUGUCGUCGUAAACAAAAAGAUAAUAUAGCAAUUGAUGAAAAAAAUAAUCAACGAAAUAUCAAGAAAAAGCAUCAUGUCGAUGACGAAUAUCAAGAUUUAUUACAAAAGACUAUUGAAAAUUUAAUGAAUUGUAAAGCUCAAUUAAGAAAUAAAGAAAACGAUUAUGUUAUUCUUCAAAUGGAAAAUGCUGCCAUUAAAGAAAAAGCUGAUAAAUUUGAUCAACUUCUUGAUAAUCAAAAUCAAACAAUAAAAUCGUGUUUAUCCUGUAAAGAGCAUGAAGUAACUAUUAGUAGAUUACAACAAACAUUAAUAAAACUUAAUCAACAAUAUGAUACAAUUAAAUCACAAUAUCAACGAUUAUUAUCAACACAAUAUACUCCUAUAGGAAUUUCAGAACCUAAAUAUGAUAUUUCAACACAACAUCGUCAGUAUUUCUUAUCAACUCGAUUAAAUAAUAAUAAAAAUUUUAAAAAUGAAGUGCCAGUUAGUUGUUUGUCUCAAUCUAACGUAUCAACGAUUGGCUCAUGUGAUAUUGUUAUGAAACAACAAAAUUCUUUAAUGCCAAUAAUUCGAUCACCUAUUCAACAAUAUCAAACAACAUACAAGUGA